GUUUACCACCAAGUCUGAUGUUUGGGCAUUUGGUAUUUUGCUUUGGGAGAUUGCAACUUACGGGAUGACUCCUUAUCCAGGCGUUGAACUCACGGAUGUUUACCAGUUACUGGAGAGUGGAUACAGGAUGGAGUGCCCACCUGGUUGCCCUGCUAGGGUUUAUAGUUUGAUGCGUGACUGCUGGGACUGGGAUGCUGGAAGACGACCAACCUUUCAAGAAAUACAUUUUGACAUGGAGAACAUGUUCCAGGUUUAUUCAACGGAAUCCUCGAUCACAGAAGAGGUUGAGGCAGAGCUCCGACCUCAUUCUUCAACCUCAACCUCCACUCCUAUCCUCCCUACCAGAAAACUGCGCCAGGGAACAGACAAAGCACGAAUGCCGCGUGAAGAUUCAAAUGUUGGCCCACGUGCUGGCACUGAAUGUCGUCCUCCUAGUCAACCUCAAACUGGGGCCAUUCUUAGUAACAAGUCAACUGUUGUGAUGUUACGACGGGGUCCAAACAAACAGGCUCCAGCUCCUCCAAAACGGACCAGUUCCUUCCGGGACAGCAGCUACGAUGCUGACGGAUACUCAGAGCGGGAGAUGGAGGGUCAACUUAUAUCAGGGCAUUUGGCGGACAGUGAAGGAGAUCUAGGAGAUAGUGACCGGGAACUGGAAGAGGAUAAUGGAGGGGAUGAACGUUAUCAAGCGCAGCUGCCGCUCUCGUCCUUCAAACGUGCUCCUGCCCCUGCAAUGGGCGGACGGGCUGCUGAACAGCGGCGCCAAGACGAAAAGCGCUCGCGCAGCAAAGGCGACCGUAAGAAGGAGAAGCGGGUGGGUCAGCUUGAUGAAAAGAAUUUGAAGCGCGCAGCUAACCGGUAUGGUACUCUGCCCAAGGGUGCGCGCAUAGGAGCAUACCUGGAGUCCUUGAGGGGCGCAGGGAUGACACCGGAACCGGUUUCUGAAGAGUCCGGUCAUGAUACCUUAGAUUCACAGCGAUCCGGGGCUACUGAUCCAGGUCGUGUAUCGGAUCUUCAACUGACCCCAGCUAUGGCAAGGUCAAAUUCCUCUCAUGGUGGUUUUCCAGGCGUGAACAACCAGAAGUCCCGGCUAGGGUCACGCUCUGGUCAACUUCCAAGACGUUUACCCACUUAUACACAGGGUGGAUCCUCAUCUAUGAGUCCCCGACCCGGUCAAAAAUCCUCCGGUAUGCCCGAGAUAGAUUUCCCGCCUCCACCCUCCGAUUUACCCUCGGAGGAUUCAACUCCUCUUCCCUCCUCUCCUGAAUAGAUUCCUCAAAUACCGGGAACAGUCCCCUGACUCCUGUGACUCCAACAAGUCCCUUCCGGAGUCCACAAAGCAAAGUGCUUUCUCUCCUGCACCGUCUCCCCUC